GCCAGCCAGGGGACAGGUGGCCACAGCAGCGAGUGACAGCCAGUGCCCAUGGCCGGGGACACCGGGAUGGCCGGGAAGGUGGCGCUGCUCCUGUGGGCCCAGACCCUCGGCCUCGCUGGUGCCCAGAGCACCCAGCUCCUGGUGGAGCCCCCCUGGACGCCGGCAGUGCUGUGGGACCGGGUGACACUGACCUGCCAGGGCUCAGGGACCACCGGUGACACCACCUGGUACAAGGACAGGCGGCACUGGUGGCAGGAGGGACCCGACAGAUUCACUGUCACCAAGAGUGGAAUGUACACGUGUCAUAGACCCAGCAGUGGCUCAGCCCCACCGUGAUGGUAUCAGAUG